UGGAUUUGGAUUUUAAAUCUGGAUUUGGCUUAAAUUCCAUGUUUGGGAAACUUAAGCAUUUUGAAUUUGGAUUUGAAUCAAAUUCUUUACAUUCAAAACCAAGCUUAAUUUGAAAUCCAUGCACCUCCCCUUGUCAUUUGAAAUUCAGGAUUUCAAAUUUUGGAAUUGAAAUACAUGAAUUGAAAUGAAAUGCUAGUUGCCAAACACUACNGGUAUGUUUGGGAACAUGGAUUUGGAUUUUAAAUCUGGAUUUGGCUUAAAUUCCAUGUUUGGGAAACUUAAGCAUUUUGAAUUUGGAUUUGAAUCAAAUUCUUUACAUUCAAAACCAAGCUUAAUUUGAAAUCCAUGCACCUCCCCUUGUCAUUUGAAAUUCAGGAUUUCAAAUUUUGGAAUUGAAAUACAUGAAUUGAAAUGAAAUGCUAGUUGCCAAACACUACCUAAGUUAUUUUCAAUUUCAUUUAUGAUGUCUGAAUGGUUAAGAGAUUUGCCUCUGAAUGGUUAAGUAUUAUACAGAGUCUGAAUGGUUAAGACCUCUUAUCUGAAUUGAUCAGACAUUUGCCUCUGAAUAGUUAAGCAAUAUACUAGCUCUUAAUGGUUCAGACCUCUUACUGGUUCAGCACUUAAUGGUUCAGACCUCUUACUNCCUCUUAAUGGUUCAGAUGUCUGAAUGGUUAAGAGAUUUGCCUCUGAAUGGUUAAGUAUUAUACAGAGUCUGAAUGGUUAAGACCUCUUAUCUGAAUUGAUCAGACAUUUGCCUCUGAAUAGUUAAGCAAUAUACUAGCUCUUAAUGGUUCAGACCUCUUACUGGUUCAGCACUUAAUGGUUCAGACCUCUUACUAGUUCAGCACUUACCCAUUCAGAAGUUGCCAAACAGCCCCUUAAAAUAAUUAGAGACCGUGAAAAAUUGGCCGGCCUGCCGCUGCUCCGUCACACAUCCCCGUCAAUCCACCAACUUCCCGCCUCCUAGCUCUGGAUUCUAUUCGCUAACCAAGGUUUCGCCAUGGCAAUGAAGGCUUAAGGCCGAUUAGCUUGUGUUCGGUGGAGGAAAAUGGUUCUGGAGAUGGCUAAUUCCAGGCCUUUGUUCCUGACGAUCUACGCCACCGUCGCUGUUGGCGUACUCUUCUCGGCUUUCUAUGUUUUCUCCGCCGUCUAUUCCUCUUCUGCCACCUCCUCUCCGCCUAUAUCCGCCUUUUCCAUCGCUUCCAUUUCUCCGUCCUCUUCAUCAGAUGCAGCGACUGCAUUUCCAAUUCCAAAACUUAAUGAGUCUCAAGCAGUGGGAGCUGGUCUACCUCAAGCAUCAAAUUCUCGGGUGCAAAGAAAGUCACUAAAACCAAUAUGGAAGGCCCCCCCUCCUGGUUCAAGGAUGCCAUCCCUAGAUACUUUCCGAUUGACAAAAGAAUUGUUUCAGGAAAGAGUGAGGGAAAACGUAAUAGUUGUCACCUUUGGUAACUAUGCAUUCAUGGAUUUCAUAUUGACAUGGGUCAGGCACUUGACAGAUAUGAAUGUUGAUAACCUACUAGUUGGUGCGAUGGACACCAAAUUAUUGGAGGCUCUUUACUGGAAAGGUAUACCUGUUUUUGACAUGGGUAGCCACAUGAGUACAGUAGAUGUUGGAUGGGGAUCACCAACAUUUCACAAGAUGGGAAGGGAAAAAGUUCUUCUUAUAGAUUCUGUCCUACCUUUCGGUUUUGAGCUCCUAAUGUGUGAUACUGACAUGGUGUGGUUAAAGAACCCUCUUCCAUACAUUGCACGUUUCCCUGAAGCCGACAUCUUGACAUCCACUGAUCAAGUUGCACCAACAGUUACAGAUGACAGUUUGGACAACUGGCAGCUAGUUGGUGCUGCUUACAAUAUUGGAAUAUUUCACUGGAGGCCAACAGAUUCCUCAAAAAAGUUGGUGAAAGAGUGGAAAGAAAUGCUUCUAAAUGAUGAUAAAAUAUGGGAUCAGAAUGGUUUCAAUGAGAUCAUCCGCAGACAGUUAGGCCCAUCUGUUGAUGAUGACAGUGGACUUGUCUAUGCUUAUGAUGGAAAUCUCAAGCUGGGACUUCUACCCGCAAGUAUUUUCUGCAGUGGGCACACUUAUUUUGUCCAGUCGAUGUAUCAACAACUCAAACUAGAGCCUUACGCUGUACAUACAACAUUCCAAUAUGGAGGGACUGAAGGGAAGCGCCAUCGAUUGCGUGAAGCUAAGGUUUUCCUCGAUCCAAUAGAAUACUACGACCCACCAGGCGGGUUUUUGUCAUUUAAACCAUCUAUACCCAAAAGCUUGUUACUAGAUGGAGAAAACAAUAUUGGAUCACACUUCUUUCUUGUUAAUUACCAGAUCAAACAAAUAAGGACUGCACUUGCCGUUGCUUCACUGUUAAAUCGCACAUUGGUGAUGCCUCCACUAUGGUGUAGGUUAGAUAGGUUAUGGUUUGGACACCCUGGUGUUUUGUUGGGCUCCAUGACAAGACAGCCCUUUGUUUGUCCUCUGGAUCAUGUAUUUGAGGUUAAUGUUAUGUUGAAAGAACAACCAGUGGAAGAAUUUGGACCUGGUAUCAGUUUUAGAGAGUAUUCUUUAUUUGACAAUCCAUUAAUGCCCCAAGAGGUGAAAGAGUCAUGGCUUGAUGUGCAACUAUGCCGAGAAGGGUCGCAAGGCUGCCGACUUUCCAACAGUACUACUGAAACGGGAAUUCUUAAAUUCCCCAAGAAUAGUAGUGAAGAAACGGAUGUCAAAGUGAUUCAGUUCUCAUCAAUGAAGGAUGCAUUUCAAGGUUUCUCUGAUAAGGUAAGGGAAGAAAGAUUCGGGAAGCGAGUGAAGCGAUACGUGGGGAUAUGGUGUUGUGUGGAAAACCAAACACCAGGUCACAUAUACUAUGACAUGUAUUGGGAUGAGACAUCUGAUUGGAAACCUGUGCCACCACAGACUCCCCAAGAUGAUCACCCUCACUGGUGAAUAUGCAUCACUCUUUGCUUUAAAAAUCCCACAUUCUUCCUUCCCAAGAGCUGUGGAACCAUCAAAGUUAGAGCUGAUAAACAAGUCGGUCAUGUCAGGUUUGGUACUCUCUGGUUUGGGUUGAGAAAUGUUUGUUCAUGGCCUAAUGUAUUUUGGGUUCGAACGGACCCAACAGGUUAGGAGGUGUAUUUUCUAGAGUAUUACUACAAUUUAUGCUACUCGUAUUUUAUAUACGUAGUAAAAGAGAUGUACUCCCUCCGCCCCAUAAUUUUUUCUCAUACGGAGUAUAAGUUGUGGUUGAAUUUUGUUUAAAUGAGAAAUAGUAUGGAUCAUGAAAUCUUUUCAUGAAAAAGAAUGUGGAACAAAAACUUUGAGACAGCCCUAAGAGAAAAGAAAGAAACAAGUAAUGG